GGACGAUACCCGACAAAUCAGUUAUUCACCGCACCAUGGGCUCUUCGGAAGAAGCGAAAUCUAUCGUCAAACCUCUACUGGAACAAUUGUUCAAGUAUGCACAGGCUCAAGAUUUUGAGAAAGUCUCCGACUUCUAUGAUCCUAAUGGUGUUUUGGUUCAUACUGGAAAGGAUGCAGUGUAUGGAAGAGAUGCGCUAAAGAAGGCUUUCGAAGAAUUCAUGUCACGUGCGGGAAAGAUAACACCUAAGAUUUCUGACGAAGAUUACCAUAUGGCUGGCGACUUCAUCAUUUACACAUCAGCUUACGAAACUGAGACCGAAAAAAUGGGUAUUCGCAAGGGCAAAGUCACGCAAAUCUGGCGCAAAUCAGGUGACACCUACCGCAUCUUGCAUAUAGAAGAUGCGCAAGAGUAGAAUCAUGGUUGCUUAUCAGACUUUAUCUUCUCUGUUGCCAUAAUAAAGGUUUUUGCAA